UUGGCCACAUGAUUUGUCCACUUACUUCUCUUAUUAACCACAUAUAACACUGUCCUACUAUUCUGCGUUGGACUAAUUUCUGCCCUAUAUUUGAUUUUGCAAAAUCUGUAUCCUUAUCUUUAAUACGCCACCUCAUAUUUAUUUUACUUUAAUUCUUUUUAAUCUCAAUUUCUCCACCAAUCACGUCUGUUUCUCUCACAUUUUUUUGUGUGAUUAAUAUACCACCUUCCUUCCCCAAUCUUAUUUCUUCUCCUUCUCUUCUCUCAAUUUUUUCAGCUAAAAAAAAAUCUGGGUUUUUUGCACCUGCAAAUUUUCUCAUCUGGGUUUGUCUUAAUUGUUAAAAAGAUUGGUUCUUUGAUUGGGAAAUUUGAUUUUUGAGAAGAGAGAAAAACAGAGUAUAAAAACAGGAAAAGAAAAAACAGUAAAUAAAAAAAGGAUGAAAAUCCAGUGUGAUGUUUGUGAGAGAAAUCCAGCAACAGUAAUAUGUUGUGCAGAUGAAGCAGCAUUAUGUGCUAAGUGUGAUACAGAAGUUCAUGCAGCAAAUAAGUUAGCUAGCAAGCAUCAAAGACUUCAGCUUAAUUGUCUCUCUAGCAAACUCCCUUCUUGUGAUAUUUGCCAAGAGAAGACUGCUUUUAUUUUCUGCGUAGAAGACAGAGCCCUUUUUUGUCAGGAUUGUGAUGAAUCAAUUCAUGCAGUGAGUACUCUUGCCGCAAACCAUCAGAGAUAUCUAGCCACUGGUAUACGGGUGGCACUAGGUUGCCUCUCAAAAUGCAGAAAUGAAACUGAGAAAUACUGCAAAGAGCCAUCUAACCAAAAUGCACAACAAGUUUCCUUAAAACAAACGGUGCAACAACAACCUCCGAGCUUUUCACCUCCCACAUCAUGGGGUGUUGAUGACUUGUUGGAGCUCUCUGAAUUUGAUGCUUCUAAUAAGAAAGGGCAGCUUGAGCUAGGAGAAUUUGAAUGGUGGUCAGAUGGUCUGUUUGGUGACCAAAUUCCACAUGAAGCCUUAACAGCAGCUGAAGUUCCUCAGCUUCCAAUGUCAGUAGUACCAAGCAGCCAUACGAUCCAAUACAGACCUACCAAGACCAGCAUGCCAAACAAGAAGGCUCGGAUAGAGAUCACUCGUGACGAUGAUGAUGAUGAGUACUCGAUCGUCCCUGAUCUUGGUUGAUUCUCUAGCUAUCUAUAAAAUGGCUUCUUGCCAGUAUAAAAAAAAAAAACUUUCCAGUGACAUCAUUGCAAUGUUAGUUUGCAUGUAUGGAUAUUGGAGUUAAAUGUAGAGAAAA